AAGGAAGAAAAACAGCCUAGGUCUUGAGGAUUAAAAAGGACUGAAGGAGAACAAAAGGGAGUAGUGCACAGCAGGCCUGUUUCCCUUUUAGGUCCCCUCCACCGACGCGGAGGGACUUCCCGCCAAAGCUCUUCCGGUUUUCAGUCUGGUCCGCAGGGUUUACCCAUAAAAGAAAGCUGCCAUCACAGGCAGCAGAUCUUUGUUCUCUGAUCACUUGAUAAUGUCAGGACGCGGCAAAGGAGGUAAGGGCCUGGGGAAAGGGGGUGCCAAGCGCCACCGCAAAGUGCUGCGCGACAACAUCCAGGGCAUCACCAAGCCAGCCAUCCGGCGCCUUGCUCGCCGCGGCGGCGUGAAGCGCAUCUCCGGCCUCAUCUAUGAGGAGACCCGCGGGGUGCUGAAGGUCUUCCUGGAGAACGUGAUCCGGGACGCCGUGACCUACACGGAGCACGCCAAGCGCAAGACGGUCACCGCCAUGGACGUAGUCUAUGCGCUGAAGCGCCAGGGCCGCACCCUUUAUGGCUUCGGCGGCUAAACGGCAUUUUGAAGCCCUGUCGUUCUCUAAAAAGGCCCUUUUUAGGGCCCCUAAGCUUUCAACAAAAGAGUUAAAAUGACAGCAAACUGAGUCUCUUAAUAGGGUCCUUGUCAGUGAGUUCUCUCAUCCUGUUUUACAAGAUUAACUCGGAAUGUCGAAAGUGGACUGAUGACUACAGGUGGCCCUGGGCCGAGAUUUCCCAAGGCUAGAAGAGCCUCUGCUGGCCAGUAACUUCUGGCGGCUGCUUGCAAAUUGCCUGCAGCCGGUUUACCGCUCGGAUUAGGGGCGGGCUAGACACUUAACUUCCCUCUGGCCCUUCAAAUACGUCUCGGGAGAGAUGAGGGGUUUGAUAGGGGCUCCAUUAAAUGCUGGAGCCUCCAGGAUUUGGAGUAGGGAGCAGACCAUACUUUUACUACUGUAGAAGACAGCUGGGCAGUCUUAAGAGUCUUAGUAAUAAUAUUCCUUUAUAUGUUUGCCUUCUGAUACGAUUUUUAAAUACUGAAAUAUAUCAAGUAUACAAAAUGCGCUGGUGACCACACCACUUAUUCAACAACUACAGUUAAAAUCCUCAUGUCCCUUCUCAGUAACACAGCCCUCCCUUUUUCCUAUCCUAGAAUUAACUAAUAUUCUAGGAUAAACUGAUAUUCUGAAUUUGGUGUUUACUGUUCCUACGCAUUUUUAACUUUAGAUGCAUAUACCCCUAAUCUAUUUUAAACGUCUUCAUGAAUUUUUACAUUUGCUCUUGAAAUAUAUCCGUGUUGAAAUGUGCAGUUCUACGUUAUUUUCACCAUUAAUCUAGUUUUCUAAUGUGUCAGUAAAUACUUUAUUCAUUUCUGUUGAUUUUUUUUUUUUUUCCUCAUUACAAAACAGCACUGUACACACCUGUGCAUUUUCUGGUUACAUGAAAGUGGAAUUAUUUGGUAAAAGUAUGUGCAUAUUCAACAUGAGUAAAAAUGAACAAUUUGCUUUCCAGGAUAGUAUUUUAAAAUUUACACUCCCAUAUUCCACCAGCAGUGCUUCAGAAUUAUUGUUUAUCAGCAUUUCCUUAUGUCAGAUUGGAGUUUUUUCAAUGAGAUUUUUGGCUAUUUGGAGAUCUUCCCACUUUUCUGGGAAUUUUGGUCUAUCCAGAUUCUCUACAGUUUUUAUUUUAUGAGUUUUGAUUUGUAAAUAUUUAUAUAUUUGAGUUUAACUUUUUGUCAGUAUGUGACAAAUAUAUUCUGUCACCUUGUGGGUUCGUUUUUAACUGUUCGUGAUAUCUUUGGAUGUACAAAAUUUUAAUAAUGUUGGAUUUAUAUUUUUUAUAGUUUUUGAAUGCUGCCUUUUCAUAAAGGAGUUAUCUGCCUUCCACUUUCCCCAGGAGCUGCAGGCAUCAAUCUGGGGAGAAAAAAAAAGUAUUUAGGCUGCUUAUCUCCUGAUUUGGCUUGAAUUGGAUAGUAAGGCUUUUCUGAAAUAGCUCUAAGAGUAGCUUUAAGAGCAAGCUAAGGGAAGACCUCACAAAAGAUUGAUCUUACUCUCUAAAUAAGCAAUGAUUAACAACACCUAAAAUUUUCAAAGUAUUACAAAAGGGACAAAAGAAAGGGUGAAAGAGGAAAGUAAUUCCUAAGAUACACUGAAAGUUUGUUGAAAAUUGUGUUAAACGCUUUACAUGGAUUAUCUCAUAUCUCAUAUUUUCAUGAUAGAUUUUACUACUAUUAUUUUAAAAUGACAAAAUAGAGGUCAAAUCAAAUAACCAAUUCACAAAUGUUAGAGUCUGUGACCCAAACUUGUAAUUUUUAAAUUUUUAUUCUUCCAGGAGCAUAGAUUCAAAUUGCCCUGAACAUACACUCACUCAAACCUGUAAUAUUCUUAAUCAUACUCUCUUAGUGGAUAGAGAAGCCAUCACAGAGAGUAGUAGUGGUGCUAGUCCUAUAAUGGAGAAUUUGGGGAAAUGUGUCAGGACAGGUACAAAACCUGCCUGUCACUUAUCCCAAUAGGAACGAAUUAUUUUCAUGUGUCAGUUUGUGGGCCUACUUGAGAAAGUCGUUUUCAUUUUGUGUCUAUAUAGUUAUGUUAUUGUUAAAGAAAUCUGCAGCAAUGUAACAUGUCCUUCCCUGUCAUUUUUCAUGUUCCAAGCCCAAUGGAUUAAACACUCCCUUAGGAAAAACUGUAGUAAGUGGUGAUGCCAGAAGGAAUUGUAAUCCUUUGCAUAGUGCCCUAGUGGGUUUUAGGUCAAGUUCUGCUCAUUGAGUGUCUUAUGGUAUAGCACUAGCCAUGCAUGGAGUUUGAGCACUUACAAUGUGGCAUGUGACUGAGGGAGUGUUUAAUUAUAUUUUAAUUAGUUUACAUUUAAAAACUGGUGCUGGAUUCAAUUAGAUAACAUCCAAGUAUGCUUGGAACACCUUAGGGACAUGAAUCAGAAUCUUCUUAUUCUAAUUACAGAUGAAGAAUUCCCCAUGAAAAUUUAUUUUGAUAUACUGUAAAAGUGUAAAAUACACACCAGAUUUUGAAGAUUUGAAAUGAAAAAAGAAUGCAAGAUAUUUAAUACAUUCUGUAUUGACUAUAUGCUGAAACUGUAUUUUUGAUACAUUCUGUCAAAUAGGAUACAUUAUUAAAAUUAAUUGUAACUUUUUUUUUUUUUUUUGGAAACGAAGUCUCG